GCUUCACUUGUCUACUAGUGUCUAUUUGUCAUUUGUUAUGAUGUGAUCUUAUGAUUAAAUUAUUGCAUCGCUCGCUUUUUUUUAAUUUUAUAGGAAUUUUUUGGAGCAAAUAUUUGGUUGAACAUCGAAGAGUUUAAUUAACUUAGGAUAUUCUAAUAAAUUCAUCAUAAAUAUUCACAAUGUCUACUAUAUUUGGUUGGACUUCUACAACAUUUGAUAAGCUAUUUGAAAAAGCAACCAGCCAUUUAUUGUUAGAACCUGACUGGGAAAGCAUUAUACAGAUUGCUGACUGUAUUCGGCAAGGAGAUGUACAGCCAAAAUAUGUGGUUUCAUGUAUUAAGAAAAAAUUAUAUGCAACUAAUCCACAUGUUGUUUUAUAUACAUUACAGGUUUUGGAAUCAUGCAUGAAGAAUUGUGGAAGUCUGAUUCAUGCAGAAGUUGCUACCCGACCAUUUAUGGAAGAACUGAAAGAUCUAGUUAAAACAACAACAAAUGAAAAUGUCAGAAAUAGAAUUUUGGAAUUAAUACAAGUUUGGGCUCAUGUAUUUCGUAAUGAGCCAAAGUAUAGAGCAGUACAAGAUGUUUUUAAUAUGCUAAAAAUGGAAGGUUACAAAUUACAAGCUUUGAAGGAAAGUGAUGCAAUGUUUGUUGCCGAUACAGCUCCUGAGUGGGCUGAUGGAAGCUGCUGCCAUCGUUGCAGGACACAGUUUACAGUUGUUCAAAGAAAGCAUCAUUGUCGAAAUUGUGGUCAAAUUUUCUGUCAAAAAUGCUCUUCUCGGAGUUGUCCAAUUCCUCGUUUUGGAAUAGAAAAAGAUGUAAGAGUUUGUGAAGGUUGCUGGGAGAAGCUUAGCAAACCUCAAACAACAGUUCCAAAAUCGGUGUCACCUAAUCCAGAGCAGUCGCCUACAUCCAGUGCUCAGGAUUCUGGUUCAAGGACUAAGAGUGCUGCAGAACUUAAAGAAGAGGAAGAUCUACAGUUAGCUCUUGCCUUGUCUCAGAGUGAAGCAGAAACAAAAGAGAAACAAAAAGCAAAAUCCUCUGUGUACUCUUAUGCACCUGCUCCUGAGGAAAGUUCUGUAUCCGAAAAGAAAAGCUCUCCUGUUGAUAGCGAACUCGAUCGUUAUUUGAAUCGCUCCUACUGGGAGUCCAGGCAACAGCAGCAGAAAGAAGACAGAAUUAUGUCUCCUACUGAAACUCGAAAUAGUCCUACUCCAAGUGCUCCUAUUUCCAGUUCGGCUCCCACUAAUAUAAAUAAUUAUGGAAGUCGAGUAUCUGAGAAGUAUCAAAAUGGUGAAGUAGAUGAACUUACUGAUUUUCUUAGUAAUCUCCGAACCACCGUUGAAAUUUUUGUUAAUCGGAUGAAAAGCAACUCAAGCAGAGGACGGCCUAUUGCUAAUGAUACUCAUGUCCAAUCUUUAUUCAUGAAUAUUACAAAUAUGCAUUCCCAACUGCUAAAAUAUAUGCAAGAACAAGAUGAUUUAAGAGCCUAUUAUGAACGAUUACAAGAUAAAUUAAACCAAGCACGAGAUGCAAGGGCAGCUCUGGAUGCUUUGCGAGAGGAACACAGAGAAAAAUUACGACGAGAAGCAGAAGAAGCUGAACGAAUUAGACAAAUUCAAAUGGCUCAAAAGUUAGAAAUUAUGAGAAAAAAGAAACAGGAAUAUCUGCAAUACCAACGACAGCUAGCCUUACAGAGAAUGCAAGAACAAGAGAGAGAAAUGCAAAUGAGACAAGAACAACAUAAGCAGCAAUAUCAGGUUGCACAACAAGGGCCACCAUCAGCUUAUCCUCCUCAAGCCACUUAUGGUCCGCCACCUGCUCAGAAUUAUACUAUGCCUCAUAAUGGAGGAAACGGUGAUAUAGCAGCUCAACAUCAAUACCAUGCUCCUUAUGAUCCACAGCAAAUGCCUGGUGAUUAUCGUCCGCCUUAUAACAUGCAAGUGCCAGCUUCUUUACCACCCAUGCCUCCUGGUGCUCCUUUCCCUCAACAACCUAAUGUGCCGACUUCUGUUCCUAUGGGUCCACAAAUGAUGAUGCCGCCACCACAGGCUCCCAUGCCCUCCCAUAUGGGCAUGAUGUCUCAAGGUGUGCCACCCCAAAUGAUGCAGCAACCUGCUCCUGUAACCAAUGUGCCUGAUAAUAUGCAGCAGCAGCAACAACAACAGCCGCCACCACCGCAGCAGCAGCAACAAUCUCCACAGCACCAGGCACCUCCGCCUGCACCCAGUUGUGAUCCACUCAUAGUCUUUGACUGAACAGAACUCAUGUUCAAGUUGCAAUAGUAUUACACUUUUUUUUCUUGUAAUAAAACUUUAAAUGGAUGCUUAGAGAAAGUAAUUGAAUGUCUGUGAUGUAUAUAAUUCUGUAAUAUUCAAUUCUUCCCCUUUUUUAGAUGUAUUAAAAUUUUUAAUUUGUAAAUCAAAAAUGUUUUUCCAUUGCUUAUUUUUAUUAUUUCAAUUCUUGAAUAAAAUUGAUUAAAAAGUA